AUGAAGGUCGUGGGGCUGCUGUCGGGCGGCAAGGACAGCUGCUUUAAUCUGUGCCACUGCGUCCUGCAGGGCCACGAGAUCGUGGCACUGGCGACGCUUGCGCCACCCAGCGGCAAGGAUGAGAUUGAUUCGUACAUGUACCAGACGGUCGGGCACGAUGCGGUGCACGCGGUGGCCGCCGCGAUGGGCCUGCCCCUGUACCGUGCGGAAAUCACCGGCGAGCCGCUGAACCAAGGCGCCGUGUACGGAGCGCGCGACCCGCAAGCAACAGAAAAGAGCGCGGGCGACGAGACCGAGGAUCUGUACCGCCUCUUGUGCACCGUCAAAGCGCACCACCCCGAUGUAGAAGGCGUGAGCGUCGGCGCGAUCCUGUCCAACUACCAGCGCGUGCGCGUCGAGCAUGUUGCGCUGCGCCCCGAGCUGCUCAUGCAGCCGCUCGCCUUCCUCUGGCAGCGGAAUCAGUCGCAUCUUUUGCACGAAAUGAAUACGUCGGGCCUCUGCGCGGUGAUUCUCAAGGUCGCGGGCAUCGGCCUGACGGAACGCGACCUGGGCAAGACGCUGCAGCAGCUACAGCCGAAGCUCGAGAAUCUGCACGCCUUGUACGGCGCACACGUCUGCGGCGAGGGCGGCGAGUACGAAACCCUCUCGCUCGACUCGCCGCUGUUUGUGAAGCGAGUGGAGCUGCGCAACACCGAGACGGUGAUCCACUCGGACGCGGCGUUUGCGAGCGUGAGCUAUCUGCGUGUCCCCGAGGCGGUGCUCUGCGACAAGGAGCCGGGGUCAUUCGGGCAGGAGGCCGUGCAUGCGAGCAUGCGUGCGCCACCCCUUCUUGACCCGCUCGGCGUGCAGGCCUACGAGGUGGCCCAUGGCGGAGACCAAGGCCCCUUUUCGACGUUCCCCGCCGCGCUGCCGUGCCGUCCCACGGUGCAGUCGUGCGAGCGCGGCGCAUGGAUCGCGGUCGGCGACGUGAGCGGCACCGGCCCGUCGUUUGAGGACGAGGUGCGCAGCGCCCUAGAAAGGCUCCGCACGACACUCGCGGCGCACGGCUACGCCAUGACGGAUAUCUGCCACAUGAACGUGUACCUGGCCUCGCAGGCGCUCUUUCCCACGCUCAAUGCGAUCUACUGCGCCCAGUUUGGCGCCGCCCCCCCCUCGCGCGCGUGCGUCGCGCUGCCGCUCGGCGACGGCGGCGUGCGUGUGGUGCUGGACGCCGUCGCGCACCGUGAUACCCAGCCCCCCGGGCGGCGCACGCUCCAUGUGCAGAGCCGGAGCUACUGGGCACCGGCCAACAUUGGCCCCUACUCGCAAGCGGUGAAUUCCGACCACCGCGUGUGGAUUGCCGGGCAGAUUGGCAUGGAGCCCACGACGCUCGACGUUGUGCCCGAGCCUGCGAUGCAGGUUGCACUGGCGCUGCAGCAUGUGCGCCGCAUCGUGCUUGCCGUGCGCGAAUGGAGCUAUGCGCCGACAGAGGGGUACGUAGAAGGGGGCGUGUGCUGGAUCGCUACGCGCCAUGCCCACUCGCUCAGCCGCGCGGUCGGCGCGGUGUGGCACGCCGAGGCGGACGACGACAGCGCGCAUGCGCACCAGCAGAGCGACGACACGGCGUGGCUCGGCGAGUGCCGCAGCCCCCUGCAGGUCCCUCUGCUCAUUGUGCAGCUUGCGCCGGAUGCCCUGCCGAAGCACGCUGCGGUCGAGUGGCAGCUCACCGCGAGCACCGGGCGUUCGCGCUUUGGUCCUGCCGACGACGAGGAGGACGCGUACAAUGUGCCGACCUAUGUGGACGGCUCGUUUGUGCACGAGCAUGUCGAGUGUGUGUACCGCCUUGCGUACGUCGCUGUGCUCGGCACCGCGUGCGGCGUCGCGACGCUGCGCGCGACCGACGCGCCCGACGCGCCCGAUGCGCAUUCCCCCCUCUUUGCGUCGUACCUCGCGCAAGCGCUGCACGUCCGCCUCGUGCACGCCGCCGACGCCUCCCCCACGGCCGCCGACGCGCUCCUCGCCCCCCUGGGCCGCGCCACGACGCACGUCCCUGCCUAUGGCUGGGCGCCGAGUGGCGGCGCCCUGACGACCGAUGGAGCCGCGAUCGCGUUUGUAUGCUAA